AUGUCCCAGAACGGGCCAGUAUGGCCUCACCUGACCUGUUUGGAGGUCCGAAGCUUGGCAGCGAUUCGUCUCUCUUACAAUACACUCCUAUCUUUCUCCGAAAGCUUGCUCUCAGUGCUAUUCGGUCCCCGUAUCGGCCCCGACCCUGACUCGACCUGGCCCCGACCAAUGGCUGAUAAAAUGGUCUCUAUCAGUCUCAUUGGCCAUCGAUACCACUCUAGGAGUUCCCUGUCUCCAAGUGAUAUGUCGUUGCUUUCGCGAAUAUGUAUUCCAUCACCCGUGAUACCUAUAGUUAGAACGCUAGAAAAACACUCAAGUCAAUGGAAGGAGGUUGUCAAGAAGCAUGACUGGUCAUAUGGACCAGAGCCUGUGUCUUUUCAUAUCAACAGAUGUCCUUUUCGGGUAGAAAUAGGACUAUAUAGAGAAGCAAUCGAGCGAAUAUCAAGGUUUGAUUUAGAAUUUUUGGCUUUGCAAAGGCACUCGAAGACGGGCCAACUCCAGGAAUUAACGCAGUUAACAGUGGUCUUUGGCAGCAGCAAUAUACGCCCCAAAAGAUUGGGAAAUGUCGAUUUUCUGUUCGAUUUCAUCCACGACUGCAGAGCAGAGUUGUCUCCUUAUCAAUAA